UUUUUCUUCUCAUGUGCCAGGCAUCUUCUAGAGGAGGCGUUGUGUGAGCAUAGGUCGCAGCAGCGGCGGCCGCUUGCUUAAUCUGUGUUUUCUGGACAAGCUUUGCGUGAAGUGCGAUAAGUAAGGAUUUGUGGUACGCAAGAGAACUUGAGAAGAACGCCCAGGCCAUUCACAAGCGUUUCGCGUCAAGGUGAGCAGACAUCAUCGCGCGAUGGCACAAGAGGAGGGAACGCACUGACAAUUUCAGUGGAUGAACCGUAGUGGUUAUCCAGCGCAUGUGGCUACUCCCCCUCCUGCCAUGCCAAUGCCAGCCACCUCGGGGCCCCCAGGUGGAGGAGGGAUGGUGCCAUCUCCAGGGCCUCCUGGAGGUAUGCGGCCCCCGCCCGAUCGUUCAGCACCACCUCGUCCUUACCCGUCCUACCAGGGUGGCUACGGUGGCCAAGGCCCUGCACCGCCCCAGAUGCACUCCCGGGGAAUGCCGCCACCCCCAGGCUCUCCGUACACGGCCCCCCGGCUGCCUUCUGGAGGUCCCGCCCCACUCGAAGGCCCACCACGUAAACGGCCGCCCCCAGCUGGCAGUGACGCCUCGCCCCGGUCAGCUGCAUCUAAAGGGGGUUUGGGAGGAGGGGCGACUGGUCCCCCCACUGUGGCUGGAACCACUCCUGUAGCUCCUCCUUCAGCAAAGAAGAAAAAGAAGUUGGCUGAUAAAAUUCUUCCACCACGGGUGCGUGAUCUGGUGCCUGAGUCGCAAGCCUACAUGGAUUUGCUGGCCUUUGAGCGCAAGCUGGACUUCACCAUAAUGCGGAAACGCCUAGACAUUCAGGAGGCCCUCAAGCGACCCAUGAAGCAAAAGCGCAAGUUGCGCAUCUUCAUCUCGAACACAUUCUACCCGGGCAAGCUGUGUGGUGUGGAGCUGGAGGAGGAAGGUGGCACCGUGCCCUCGUGGGAGUUGCGGGUCGAGGGCCGGCUGCUCGAGGAGCAGCCCAAGGGCGAGUCGAGGAGUGCCAAACGCAAGUUCUCCUCCUUUUUCAAGAGCCUGGUCAUCGAGCUGGACAAAGAGCUGUACGGGCCGGAUAACCACCUGGUCGAGUGGCACCGCACACCCACCACCACCGAGACAGACGGCUUCCAGGUGAAGCGGCCGGGGGACAAGAACGUCCGUUGCACCAUCCUGCUCCUGCUGGACUACCAGCCCCUGCAGUUCAAGCUGGACCCCCGGCUGGCACGCCUGCUUGGCAUUCACACGCAGACGCGACCCGUCAUCAUAGCCGCCCUGUGGCAGUACGUCAAGACCCACCGGCUGCAGGAUCCACAUGAACGGGAGCACAUCAACUGCGACAAGUACCUCGAGCAGAUCUUCCAGUGCCAGCGCAUGAAGUUUGCCGAGAUCCCCCAGCGCCUGCACCAGCUGCUGCACCCACCCGACCCCAUUGUCAUCAAUCACGUCAUAAGUGUCGAAGGUCCGGACACUAAGAAGACGGCAUGCUAUGAUAUAGACGUCGAAGUGGAUGACCCACUCAAGGCACAAAUGAACAGCUUCAUCCUGUCUACAGCCAACCAGCAAGAAAUUCAGGCUCUGGACAACAAGAAUGAAGCUUGGCAAGACCAGCCAUGUGAAACGGGAUCGGGCUUUCUGUGCUUCACAUUCAUGCAUGCGAACACUGGGAUCGUAUUCAUCCAGAACAGCCUUUUCCUCAUUCUUUCCACUAGCACAUUUCAGAUUCACGAGACUGUGGAGACCAUCAACCAGCUGAAGACCAAUCGAGAGUUCUUCCUGAGCUUCGCCAAAGACCCCCAACAGUUUAUCAGCAAAUGGCUGGUCUCUCAGAUGCGAGACCUGAAGACCAUGACGGACGUAGUGGGCAGCCCUGAAGAAGAACGCCGUGCGGACUUCUACUACCAGCGCUGGGCCCAGGAAGCCGUGUGCCGCUACUUUUACGGCAAGGUGCAGCAGCGUCGAGCCGAGUUGGAGCAGGCGCUGGGCAUUCGCAAUGCCUAGUUAAAUAAAUUAUUCUUUUUUCAACUGGCA